AUGCGGCUACGGAAAUCCAAUCUGGUUCUGGCUAGCUUGCCCUUAUACCAUUCGUUCGGUUAUAUCUGUAUCGAGGCCACCGAUACGCUCAAUGGACUCAGCACCGUGUAUACAUCUAUGAAACCGAAGCCGAGAGAGGUGUUGCAAGCAAUAGCUGAGGAAAAAGUCACCACACUCCACGGGACACCGACCACUUUCUACGACAUUCUCCGAUCUCCCGACUUCGGGAAAACCGAUAUUUCAUCGCUUGAAAACGGAACGAUAGGCGCGACAACGCUGCAUCCCGCUGCGAUAGCGGAGAUCAUUGCAAACUUGAAUCUCAGAGAUUUUAUGACAGGAUACGGGUUGACCGAAACUUCCGGCGCUUGUUCCUUCGGGGACGGAAAGGACUUCAGAGGCUACGAACUCUUCGAUGAGACGUAUGCUCGGAUUCUGAAAGAAAAUGGUUCUGUAGCGGGCCCGGGCGAAAAAGGGGAGAUUCAGCUGAAAGGUCCUACGGUUUUCAAGGAAUACCUGAACGACCGAGAAAAGACCACGGCUGUUCUGGACGGCGAAGGAUGGUUCCGAACAGGCGAUCUCGGCACGAUGAACGAGGACCGGAAACUCAUCGUCAGUGGACGAGUCAGUGAUCUGAUCAUCAAGGGAGGGGUGAAUAUUUCCCCGGCCGAGAUAGAACCGGUGCUCAUGGAACAUCCGAGCAUUCUCGAGGCUCACGUUGUUGGCGUGGGCGACGACCGUCUCGGUGAGGAGGUAUGCGCCUGGAUCAAGCUCCGUGCAGACAAGGGAUGCUCCGAGGAACACGUCAGAGACUUCGCAGCAAAAAAAUUGAGUCGCAUCAAGGUUCCGAAAUAUGUUAUCGUCACAGACGAGUUCCCGAAGACAUCCCUCGGAAAGAUUUCGAAAAUGAAGCUCCGUGAAGCGUUCGAGCUGAUGAGGAAGAAAGAUUAA